UAACAGCCGGUUUUUUUCUUCACACACGUCGUCUGCGAUAAAAUUUUGAUGGUGACAGAAUUGAAGUAAAAUUUGAAUCGGAGAUAUGGCAGCAGGAGCAAAUGUUGGUCGUGAUGAGGCGUAUACCACCAUCAACAAUGCUGCAAUUGCAGUCACCACCACCACUGAUGCCACUACCAUCAGUGCUACUAAUGCCACCACCACCAAGUCUGCUUCUGCCACUGCCAUCACCAUUGCCACCGCCACUACCAAGACCACUCCUGACACAAAGCCCCCAAGUCCUCAACUGACCAGAUAUUGCAGCUGGAGAAGGAUAGACCAGGAACUUCAAAGCCAGGGCUUGCCGGUCUCCUACAAUAAGAAAAAUGCCAAGGGCCCAUCUAAUGAACUUGUUGCAGAAUAUUUGGCCACAGUUGUAGAAAAGCAGAGACUAACAUGCAGCCACAGGUGAGGCUUUGUCCACAUUUCCAGAAAGACACAAGAUAGUAUCAGAAAGCCAUGCCAAAAUCAACGACUGAAGGGUUUGGAGAGCCAUACAAAGAGCCUAGAAAUGUGAUUUUACCUGUACUUCAAUCACAUGAACAGCAGCAGGAGCAAAAACAGCAGCAACCACACAGGAGAUGUAACGACAGCAUUGACCAACAGCAACAACAAUAGCAGCAUAAACAAUUUCUGCAGGAGGUGCAAAAACCACACCGGCAACCUCAACAACAUCAAGAUGUCCAACAACCACUCCGGGAACAUUAACAGCAACCACAACUUCAGCAAGAGUUUCAACAAACACAUCAGCAAAAACCAACAGCAGCAGCAACAACAGCACUUAUGAAAUGAAUUUUAAUUGAAACUCAAAAGCCAAUGAGGAAACAUCUUUUACAAAAUGAGACAUCAUUUGUUCAUCCUUUUACAGGAUAAAGGAAAGCUUUUUUGAAAGUGUAAAUUUGCAGGAACACAAUGAAUGUUCCCUCUGUAUCUAUUUAUUGAAAUAAAUUUGACUUUAAAAAGAAUGAAUGAUGAUUCAAUAAAUAUCUACUUUUUAUUUGUCAAUGAGUAAAAAUACAUGUAUUUUCUAUUUAGAAUGACAAAAAGCAAUUUAUCAAAUCAAAAUCAUCAAAAAAUUGACCAAUAUGGCUCUUAGGCCCUCAAAAUUGUUGGUAUUUUGAUGAAAAAGCUAUUUAUGCGGCAAUAUUUGACGCAGCUCAAAUAGCUGCGUCAAAUUUGCCGCAGAAAUUGUCAUUUGCCGCAGCUCCUUGAGCUGCGUCAAAUAUUGCCGCUGAAAUUGUCAUUUGCCGCAGAAAGUAUCUGCGGCAAAGUUUUAUGAAACGGAAACUUGACGCUGUUUUAAGAUUUGCCGCAGAAACACAGAUUUGCCGCAGAAAAUGGUAGUUGCCGCUGCGGCAAAUGUUUUAUGAAACGGGCCCCAGGUCAACGUCAGGACAAGGCGCAGAAUACGAAAUGUUUCAUCUGCGUCCCAUCCUCAGCCGGCCCAGACAUUUCAGAAAGGGUCAAUAUGCGGUCUUUGUCGUUCCUGUGCCCUUCCCGGUGUUCGGGACGUCAAACAAUUCAAAUUUUGGAUUUGUAUAAAUGUUACUUUAUAUUGAGUAAAGCCCUCUUUCUCGUUUAUCAAAUCAUUUUAUAGGAG